AUGUGUGGCAUCAUUGCUGUGAUCCAUGGGGAUCCCAAAUCCCAGUCGGCAUCUGUCGAGAUCCAUGAUGCCCUCUACCUGCUCCAGCAUCGUGGUCAGGACGCCGCGGGUAUCGUCAGUUGUAGCACGGGUGGACGCUUCCACCAGUGCAAGGGCAAUGGCAUGGCCUCCAAGGUCUUCCAGGACGGCGCCCGCGUUUCCGACCUGCCUGGCUUCAUGGGCCUCGGCCACCUGCGGUACCCUACCGCUGGCAGCAGCGCAAAUGCUGAGGCACAGCCCUUCUACGUCAACAGUCCCUACGGCAUCUGCAUGACACACAAUGGCAAUCUCAUCAAUGCGCCCGCCCUUCGCCGACGUCUGGACCACGAAGCCCACAGGCACAUCAACACCGAGAGCGACAGCGAGCUGAUGCUGAAUAUCUUUGCUGACGAGCUCAAUGAGACUGGAAAGGCCCGUAUCAACGCCGACGAUUGCUUUGCGGCUCUGGAACGAAUGUACAAACUGUGCACUGGUGGUUGGGCAUGCACUGCUAUGUUGGCCGGAUUUGGCCUCCUCGGAUUCCGCGAUCCAUACGGCAUCCGCCCCAUGGUCAUCGGGUCGCGCAAGUCCCAAGAUGGCACGAGCAUGGACUACAUGAUGGCUUCCGAGAGUGCUGCUCUAGUACAGUGUGGUUACAAGGACUUCCAGGACAUUCUCCCUGGACAGGCCGUUAUCAUUGAGAAGGGCAAGGAACCUGUAUUUAGACAGGUUGCGAAACAGGAAGCCUACACUCCAGAUAUCUUCGAGUAUGUCUACUUCGCUCGUCCAGAUUCUGUCAUUGACGGAAUCGAUGUCGACGAGAGUCGACGCAACAUGGGCUUCACGCUUGCCGAGACCAUCAAGCGCCAACUUGGUCCCGAGAGGAUGGCUGAAAUCGACGUUGUCAUGCCUAUCCCGGAAACCUCAAUCACUUCGGCGCUGUGUGUUGCAGAAGCUCUCGACAAGCCGUACGUUCAGGGUUUCGUCAAGAACCGCUACAUCUUCCGCACAUUCAUCAUGCCCUCGCAAAAGCUGCGGCAAAAGGGCGUGCGGGCAAAGCUGAACCCCAUGAAGAAGAAGUUUGAAGGCAAGAAUGUGUUACUGGUGGACGACUCCAUUGUGCGUGGGACAACCUCUCGUGAGAUUGUGCUCAUGGCACGAGAGGCAGGCGCAAAGAAGGUGUACUUCACUUCCUGCGCGCCACCCAUUACUAAUGCGCACAUCUACGGUAUCGAUCUGGCAUCAUCUUCAGAGCUGAUUGCCCACCACCGUGACUCAGCCGCUAUUGCAAAGCACAUUGGUGCGGAUGAUGUGGUUUACCAAACACUUCAUGAUCUUGAAGUGGCAUGUGCCCGUCUAUCCCCCCGCGAUCCAGCGACCCAAAAGUUCGAGGUCGGUGUAUUCUGCGGCAAGUAUGUCACGCCCGUGGAUGCUGAUUACUUUGAUCACCUUGAGAGGGUGCGAGGAGAGUCCCGCAAGCACAAGGUCAUGGAGAAGGCACGGGAAGCUGUCCUCAACGGUGUUGCUGACCAACAGCAAAUUCGUAUGGCUGCGAAGGGAGUGGAGGUCGACCAACACGGUAACGUCAUCCCGUCGGAUGAGACUGGCUCGCCUGAGUGGCAUCCGGUAAACGGUGCCGGUCAAGGUUCCUCAAAUAACGCGUUAGACAACAAAAACACCGACUGCGAGCAGCGACGAUUUGCGAGCAGUCAGGAUAUCAGCUUACACAACCUUAACGACUUCAACUAA